AUGACGAUUUUGCAGACAAUGAACUGCUUGACACUCAUUCUAUCGUUGGUAAUAUGCGCUUAUCAAAGAGUGACUGGCACACCGACAAAUGCGACUUUAAGUCCAACUGAAUAUGAAAUCCAUGAGUCAUCAAAUCAGAUCGAUUAUUUAAGUCGGUUGAUGACGAUGUUGGGACUAUUCAAAGAAUCAUUUUUGGGCUUUAUUAAAGGAACGAAUGUGACGAAUGAGGAUUUGCUGAAUUACAGAAGGCUGGCCACAUUUUUCCAUAAAGAAGCAACUGGUGCUCUGAAUGAAAGAUUCCAAAUUGUUCGCUUCCGUGAG